AUGACAAUCUCUCUGCAGCUUUUCUGGAAUGAAACAUCAUCCCCGUAUGCGCCUUUGAGAAGAAACGACGAGCGCCGAUGCAGCGAGAAGCUGAUAAACACCUUCUUUUCCCCGCAAGAGAGGACGCUCAACCCCGCUUCAUGGUCGCCCAUGGAUUUCUAUAAUGCGGCGCACGUACCGCCAAAAGAUGAUACCACCUCCCUCUCUAUUCAUGUUCCUGGUCUAAACGCUACCCUUUUCCCUUACCAAAAGCGGACGCUGCAAUGGCUAUUGCGCCGGGAAGGCGUGAAAUGGACCACGCAAGACACAGCUAUCCAGCCAUUGUUGGGGGAAGAGCAGAAGCUGGGCCUAGAUCUUUUCCGUGCCGUGAAUGAUGCCGACAACCGCAAGAUAUAUCUUAGUGAUGUAUUCCAGACCGUUACCCGAGAUCCCACUCUCUACUACCAGGCCAGCAAACUCGUCAAAGGCGGUAUUCUAGCGGAGGAAAUGGGGCUGGGAAAGACUCUGGAAAUGAUUAGCCUCAUCCUUUUGCAUAGGCGGCGACCCGAGCACAUUCUGGAUUUCCUACCAGGCCAAGAAAACCUUGUUCCUAGCGACGCAACUUUUAUUGUGACUCCGAAAUCCUUGCAGCCGCAGUGGAUAUCUGAAUUAUCGCGUCAUGCUCCAGGAUUACGUGUAAAGCAUUAUACCGGAUGUCGAGGGGUUGAUAAAGAGGACGAAGCCCGGCUUGUAGCUGAGCUAGCUGGGUAUGAUGUGGUAGUGACGACUUACAGUGUGUUGUCUGCAGAGCUUCAUUUUGCAAUCAACCCUCCCGAGCGAUCCCGCAGAUUCGAAAGGGCGUAUCGCCGAGUCCUUUCACCUCUCGUCCAGAUAUUAUGGUGGAGAGUCUGUCUUGACGAAGCGCAGAUGAUUGAAAGCGGUGUCAGCCAGGCGGCAGCAUUGGCGAGAGUAAUUCCUCGAGUGAAUGCCUGGGGCGUCACUGGUACACCAGUCAAAGACGACGUAAAAGAUCUUCUUGGCUUGCUCUCUUUCUUGAGAUAUGAGCCCUACUGCUCAACGCCGCAGGUCUGGCAGGCACUCACUACGCAUCAUAAGUCAUUAUUCCAGCAACUCUUCGAGUCGAUAUCUAUUCGACAUACAAAAGCGUUGGUAAGAGAUGAGAUAUCUCUGCCUCCACAAAGGCGAUUCGUCAUCACAAUGCCCUUUACUGCGGUAGAAGAACAACAUUACCAGUCAUUAUAUAAAGAAAUGGCGGAAGCGUGCAAGCUCAAUACGGAAGGCGGCCCUCUAGCAGAGGACUGGGAUCCUGAGGAAUAUGAAGAUGUUAUGAGAUUGUGGCUCAACAGACUAAGACAAACUGCUCUCCAUCCAGAAGUUGGCGUCUACGGACGCCGAGUACUAGGAAGCAAGGAACGCCCCAUGAGAACAGUGGAAGAGGUGUUGAAUGCCAUGUUGGAGCAAGGUGAGACUGCUAUCAGGAUCGAUGAACGAGCGUAUCUUUCGAGCAGACUGUUCUUGGGCCAGCUAUUUGAAAACAGCCCUCGAGUUAGAGAGGCUCUAGAGAUUUGGGAAGAAGUACAGGGCGAGUCUGCCAAGCUGGUAACCGAUGCCCAGACAGCACUUCGGGAAGCACUCCGCGAGAGGAGAGGGGCCAAGGAUGCGGGCGAUGCUUUGGAGAGGGUGCAAGAUGUGUCAGAUUCAGACAUUGAGUCAGAUGAAGAGGCCGAGGAAGAGGUUGGAAGUAAAGGCAAACUGGGCGAACUGCAGAACCGGUUAAGGAACAGCCUUGAGCUGCAUCACAAGGCUGUCUUCUUUUGUGCCAACGCAUACUUUCAAAUCAGGGAUAAUCAAGAGAUGACAACGCCCGACUCGGAAGAAUUUCAGCGCUUGAAAAAGCUUGAGGAUGAUGGUUACGAGAGUGCCAAGAUGAUUCGUAGGAAGAUUCUUGGUGAGGGUCAUCGCAAGGCCAUGCGGCUCGUGAAGAAAAUCGCCCUGAAAGCCAAUGAUCAGACUUUUGUCGAGAUUCCAGAGCUCAUUAUGAAGAGCGAGAGGGGCAUCGAAAGUGGCAGCAUUGUCGACAGUCUCCAGAUUCUCUACGAUGAGCUCAAUGAGCAGGCAAAUUUGAUUGACGAAUGGAGAGAGCAAGUCGUUCAGCUCCUCUUACGACCACUUAUUGAUGAAGAGGAGAGCACAGAGACUACCGGAGAGGAGCUUGCAGAUUCUACCAAAGUUCAAGAGGAACUGAUGGUCUAUGUUCAAGUACUUCGUGCCAUCAUCGCCGACCGUCAGUUUGUCAUAUCAGGUCAAACGAAUGGACUGGUGAGACACGAGAUCGAGACGUCUAUCAGACUGGCAAAAGAAGGAGACGGGCCUGCUCCAUUGAAGCUCAUUGAACUGGUCCGUAGGCGCGCUGAAGUCAAGCCUAGAACGGCCAAGAUGUCCAUGCGCGGCGCCAUCAGCGAGCUGCGCAGCUUGGUGUCUAAACUUACCAGAGAUACGGGCCAGAGCCAGAGAGAACUUCUAGAGUCGACCAUUGCGUCAAAGUUGAUGAAGACAACUCAGACGCUGCUCGGGGAACAGAAUAAGGCGGCGGUGGCUUUGGAAGCAGAAGUCGAAAGCUUCAAAAGAGCAAUGAAUGCUCGGCUAGAUUACUAUCGACAGCUGCAGGCCGUUUCCGAUGAUGUGCUCCCUCUUGAAACACCCAAGACCGAAGAGGCUAUUGAGAAGGCCAGGAAAAAUAUUGAGGAUCUUCACAAAAAGCUCCUCUCCGGUGAGGCCAAACAUCGAUACUUGUUGAGCUUGAAGGAAACCGGAUCCAAAUCCAACGAGCCCCGGAUGUGCGUCAUUUGCCAGAUGCCAUUCAUGACUGGUGUUUUGACCGUAUGUGGCCAUCAGUUCUGCAAGGAAUGCAUCAUGAUGUGGUUCAAAGCCCACCGCAACUGUCCUGUCUGUAAGAGAGUUCUUAAGGCGGACAAUCUUCAUGACAUAAUUAUCAAGCCUCGACAGCUGCAGGUGCACGGCGAGGACUCGAAUCUGCCGAAAGGGGAUAUCCGCGACGAUAACCCGCAGGAGCGUCGGGGCUCUUCGAAGCAGACGAUGCUCUAUUCAGAGUUUGACGCUGGAGAGCUUGAACAGAUGAAGAAUAUCGAGCUGGAUGGUCCGUCAUUUACGACAAAAGUCGAUACCUUGGUUCGACAUCUGAUGUGGCUGCGCGAGUCUGAUCCCGGCGCAAAGUCUAUUGUAUUCUCUCAAUACAAAGACUUUUUGAACAUCUUACGCAAUGCCUUUUCCCGCUUCCGCAUUGGAUACGCUUCAAUCGACGACCCUGAUGGCAUCACAAGAUUCAAAGAAGACCCUGCCGUGGAAUGCUUUCUUCUCCAUGCCAGAGCUCACUCAAGCGGCCUGAAUCUCGUCAAUGCCAGCCACGUCUUCUUAUGCGAGCCUCUUCUCAACACUGCUCUCGAACUGCAAGCAAUCGCCCGUGUGGACAGAAUCGGCCAGCGGCACGAAACGACGGUGUGGCUCUAUAUUGUCUCUGGGACGGUAGAGGAGUCGAUUUAUAAUCUCUCGGUUCGACGGCGCAUGGAGCACAUGGGUAGGAACCUCAAGGGGAAAUCUAAGGAGUCGACACCGGAGCUGUUGGACGCCAAUAUUGAGGAGGCCAAUACGCUAGAGUUGGAGCAGGCUGCUUUGUCGAAGCUCAUGAGCAAGGAUCGGUCUGCGGGUGAGAUGGUGGAUCGAAGCGAUUUGUGGGAGUGUCUGUUUGGACAUGUGAAUGCGCAGCGGAGUUGA